UGUUCAAACUGAUUGAUAAGUCACCUUCAAAUGUUCAAUAUUUCGUGACAUUAUCAUAUGCUGUGGGCACUUUUUAAUGUACAUAUGCUCAUCGUUGGCUGUCAGGAUGUCUGAACACAACACAAAGAUGAUACGCCAUUCCUGCUAAUCAGCAGAGGCGUAUCCAGGAUUUUCUGUCACGGGGGGCAAGUCAAAAGGAAAGUGGGGCCAUAGCUGGCGUUAUCAUUCUUGCAUCUCAAUGUUAUUUCAUGUCUGCACACACUCCCCAUUAAGCAUUCAAUCUAAAAAUUACAGUUUAGUGUACUAUAUAUGUAAAUCAUAACAUUUUGGAAUCGCUAAGAUUUUUCUGGGGGGGCUUGGCGCCCUGGGCACCCUUUGGCUACCUCGCCCUGUUAAUGGUGUUGAUAAUCCGUGUAUUCUGGGUGACAUAUUUUCUUAAAAUGACAACAAAUGUUUCACUUACAUCACAUUUUGUGGAGUGGAUAACCUGUUAGAAAUAUCUGGAUUUUUUGAUUCGUUUUAAUAACGCAGUAUCUCUAAACAAAGGUCGCAAAAUGGCAAUAUUUGUCAUAGUAUCAAACCAUUCAUGUACAUGCUCAAUGCUAAAGUAUUUUCGAUAAACUCGUUUUUUCACUUGUAAUUUAGGUCUACAAUGACAUGCUUCACGAUCUUUUAAAUCCAAGUGGACAAAAUCUGAAAGUGUGCAAGAACAGCCAGUUGGGAGUAUAUGUCGAAGGACUUGCGGAAUUCGUGUGCUUCAAUAGUGACGACAUGCAGGAACUAUUCGAGCAAGGCAACAGAGUGCACAAGAUUUUGUCUAGUCAACAGCCGAACACCCAGUACAGACGUGGUAAUUUGCUAUUUAUGGUCGACGUGCAACACAAAGAUCUUAGUGAACAAGAACAAUUUGGCUUUAAAGCUAAAUUAACAGUUGCAAACCUUGCAGACUCCGAUCACCUUCCUGAAACGCUUCAAAAACAGCAAGAAGAAAAUUUUGUGGAAAAAAGCAUGACGUCAUUUAUCAACGUGAUAUCGUCUACUUGUGAUUUGAAUGAAUCCAGUCAAGUUGCUUACGAUCAAGCGAAACUUACAAAUGUGCUUCAGGAAUCGUUUGGUGGCAAUAGUCAGACUUAUUUCAUCGCAGCUAUUUCACCAGCAGAUGCUGAUUUCCAUGAAAGCCUUUCGACCUUACAGAUAGCAUCGAAAAUAAGAAAGAUACGAAACACUUUGACGAAAAAUAAGAUUGACAGCACGAAGAUUAUUGAGGAGCUACGCGUCGAGAUCUCGCGUCUUCGCAAUAAGCUAAUGGAUAAAACUUUUGGAAGGAAUCCAGAUGAAGAAGAUGUCCUUCAUAUGGAGGAAAAAGUUCGCGAGCUUCAGAUUGCAAAGAAACAGACUUGGGAGGAGAAGGAACGUCUCUCUCAUCGUUAUGAAGAGGAGAGACGAAUGCAUUUAGCAAACAAGGGUAUUCUCGGCUGGGUUUUCGAUUCCGUGAAGAAAGAGAGUCAAGAAAUACAAGAAAAGCUUUCUGCAUUGCGCAAGGAAAAAGAUCGGUUAACGAUUGAAUAUAAAGAACGUAGACGAACGGUGGACGAAAUAAAGGACAAUCUUCAAAACAAAAUCACGGAAUACUCAAAACUCGUCGAAAUAGGUAAAAACAAAGAGGAAGAAAGCAAAAGCAAAAUAGUCGAAAUUCAAGGAAUGAAGGACAGAUUAAAACACGAGAAUGAUAACUUAAAAAAGAUCAAAAAUGAAUUGAAAGAAAAUCAGGAAAAGCAAAGAAUCGAGAAAGACGAGGCGAGAAAUCAAACAUCUUUUUUGAAAGGAAAUACAGAACUGCGACAACGUCUUCAGAGUGAAAACAGAGAGAGAUAUGAGAAGGACAACGCUGCGACUUUGGUGGAAGAAGCUGACCGCAUUAAAAUGGAGAGCGAACAAGAAAAAGCAGACAUACAGCUGAAAAGUGCCGAAGGUACGGCAUACAGCACUGAAGAAGGCGUUCAACUUGAAAUGGAGAUUGUGGAGCUGAAGGCGGAACGAGCUGUGAUGGCUUUAAAGAUUCAAUCCCUUGAAAACGAGAAGAAAAGAUUACAGAGCGAUCUUGAGCUUGCUUGUAAGCAACACAAGGAAGAAACUGAGAUACAGCAACUACAAAACUUUCAGACUUUUCGGAAUUAUCGAAGUGUGUUUGAAGAGCAAAAGACGGCGAUCGAGCAACGUUACAGAUCUCUUCUGGAAGAAGCCAUACAGGACGCUGUGUUCCUCUCGGCAACAAAUCAAGAGCUUAUGUUUGAAAAUCAACAGAUAAAGCAAGAUAUGGCCGUGAUCAAAGACAAGUUGACCGUGUCAGGCAUGAGACUGGAUUCCUCCGACUUCGUGACAACAUAGAAAUGUAUAGUUCUCACGGUCAGUGAACGAAGUAAUAUUUUCACAGCGGGAGUAAAAAGUCGAGCUCGCUUUGCUACUGGUGCAAAGUGCCAUAGAAUGUUAUAUUGUAGCUUGUAAAUAUCAAUUAUAUACAACACAUAGUCUUCAAAAUAAUUUGUUUAAAUUUGCUUGUUGUACAACAACGUAUUAGCAUAGCGUCCUCUUCUUAAUAUCUUCUUAGUUUAUUAUAAUUAAAUGUAAGAUGAUGUU